CUCUCUCUCCCCUCCCUCUCACUCUCGCCGACCGGCACGAUCACGCCGUGGAUCACGCGCGCUCCGAUUUUCAUCUUCGUCGGACGCGAAGGUCAGCAUCGUCGCCCGCGGUGCGCCUAUUUGACUGCCGCAGUAUCGAGUAGAAUCCAACGGCGACAUUAACAAGAUCGUCGUCUUCGAUGCCGUGAUCGUUGUUGCACGCAGGAAGGAGGAGAGAGAGAGAGCCGCAGCCAAGACAUUGUGGAGGUCUCCGCUGAAGCCUGACAAGGACCCGAGGCUGCUGUUCAGGUCAAUCGCUGUGAACUCCGGACCAUUCGCUUCAACUGAGCUCUGGACUCUCAGCCUUGAGGACGCAUCUGCUGGCCUUCGAUCCUGGGCUCUCAGCUCGCUCGUCUCAGGUUCCUGCUGUCAACAUUGGGAUUCGCUCCGAAGGAUCCCAACUCCGGGAUCACGAGCGGCGAACUUGUCAUCCGGCUCUAAACGUGCUGCAACCUCUCACCUUCCUGCACUGUCGACUCUGGGAUCUCAACUUGGCACACACCUCGGGCUCGUCAACCUUGGCGCUGUUGACACUCCGGGCGAUUGAAAUCCCAGAGGGGAAAAACAACGCUGCUGCAGAGUGGUGGGCGAGCGUGCGGCACCCAUGCGGAAAAACAGCAAGGUGGUCCUCAGGGAUGCGGACGUUACCGAGUCGGUGACCGACCUGCUCGGACAUGCCGAGCGGCCCGACGUUAAGAGCCCGUCGAUCGCGGAGGGCCGCCCCCUCGGCAAAGGGGCGGCGGCUGGAACCGCCGCGGCCGCCGCGGCCGCCGCGGCCGCCGACUACGCGGACGACGACGAGGAUGAGCGGCCCGCAUGGGGCAGCAAGCUGCAGUACAUCCUGGCCCAGGUGGGCUUCUCCGUCGGGCUCGGAAACGUGUGGAGGUUCCCCUACCUCUGCCAAAAGAACGGGGGAGGCGCGUACCUGGUCCCGUACGUGAUCCUGCUGUUCGUGUUGGGCAUUCCGCUCUUCUUCCUCGAGCUGGCCGCCGGGCAGUUGAUCCGCCGCGGCAGCGUGGGGGUGUGGAGCUACAUCAACUCCAAGCUCGGCGGAAUCGGAUUUGCCAGCUGCAUGGUGUGCUACUUCGUGGCCCUCUACUACAACGUGAUCAUCAGCUGGGCUCUCUACUACUUCUUCCACUCGUUUCAGUACCCGCUGCCCUGGGCCAACUGCCCCGUGCUCCACCACGGCAACAUCACCGAAAUGGAGCCCGAGUGCAAGCGCAGCUCGGCCACCACCUACUACUGGUACCGCCAGGCGCUCGACAUCUCCGACAGCAUCUCGCACGGCGGGGGCCUCAACUGGCGCAUGACGCUCUGCCUCUUUGCGGCGUGGCUCAUCGUGGCGCUGGCCAUGAUACGCGGAAUCCAGUCUUCGGGGAAGGUCAUGUACUUCAGCUCCCUCUUCCCGUACCUGGUCCUCUUCUGCUUCCUGGUGCGCGGACUUUUACUCGAUGGGGCAAUGGACGGCAUCCGCCACAUGUUCAUGCCCAAGCUGGAGAUGAUGGCUGAGCCGCAGGUGUGGCGCGAGGCGGCCACGCAGGUGUUCUUCGCGCUGGGCCUGGGCUUCGGCGGCGUCAUCGCCUUCUCGUCGUACAACAAGCGCGACAACAACUGCCACUUCGACGCCGUGCUCGUGUCCGUCAUCAAUUUCCUGACGUCGCUGCUCGCCACCCUCGUGGUGUUCGCCAUCCUCGGCUUCAAGGCCAACGUCAUGAACGAGAGCUGCGUCACCGAAAACUGGGCCCACAUGAUGUCGCUCGUGGCUUCGGGCUCCGUGAGCAUCACGCUCAUCCCAAGCUACGUGAACCUCAGCAAGCCUUCGGUGGACGACUACAAGAGCGUGUACGACGUGGUGAAAAUCGUACACAAGGACGACUUCCCUGCCCUGGGGCUCCUGCCCUGCUUGCUGGAGGACGAACUCAACAAGGCGGUGCAGGGGACGGGCCUGGCGUUCAUCGCCUUCACGGAGGCCAUAACACACUUCCCCAUGUCUCCGUUCUGGUCGCUCAUGUUCUUCAUGAUGCUGCUCAGUCUGGGCCUCGGCUCCAUGUUCGGCACCAUGGAGGGUCUCGUCACGCCAAUUGUCGACACCUUCAAGAUUCGCAAGGAGAUCGUCACACUCCUGACGUGUGCAGCGUCGUUCCUCGUGGGGCUGGUGUUCGUUCAGCGCUCGGGGAACUACUUCGUCACGAUGUUUGACGACUACUCGGCCACGCUGCCCCUCACUGUGGUCGUCAUCCUGGAGAACACAUCCGUGGCCUGGCUAUACGGCACUGACAAGUUCAUGGACGACAUCAAGGACAUGAUCGGGUUCGCUCCUCCGCGCAUAUACUACUACAUGUGGCGCUACUUCUCGCCCCUCGCCAUGAUCGCCAUGCUGGUGGCCAGCGUGACCCAGAUGUGCAUGCAGACGCCUGGGUAUCACGCAUGGAUCCGCGAAACGGCCACGGAGGAGUACUUGCCUUACCCGCCGUGGGCGCUGGCGAUGCUCUCCAUCCUCAUCGUGCUGGCGCUGCUGCCCGUGCCGCUGGUGAUCCUCGUGCAGGUGAUCCGAGCGCGGCGGCCCGACCCGAGCAGCCUCGCCUCCGUCUCCUUCCGCCGCCGCAAGAUCCUGGAAGAGAACUCGCCCCUCGAGGAGCGCGACUCCACCAGCCUCCUGCACAGCCGUGGGUACCGGCAGGCGCAGAGCCAGCAGGGAGUCGGCACCGUCACCGUGCGCAGGGAGGGAGAGGCGGACACCAACACCCCCGCUUCCCUGGCCGCGCUGACGCCGCCGCCGCCGCCCCCCCCGCCGCCUCCGGCCUCGCUGGCCGUCCCGACCGGGGCGGCGGCGGCUUUGGUGGCCGGAUCUAUCGGCCGGCCCGUGCCGCCCCGCCCCGGUCGCCCCGCGCGCCCGGCUCGCCCGGCCCCGCCGGCGCGCAAGCCGUCGAUGCCACCGUCCGGCAGGAUAAACGAGGAGGAUGGAGGAUUCUCGCCGGAUUUGGACACGGUCGCGCCCGGCAACCGUUAUGGCCGGUCUUUUGCACUGGGGGAUAUUCUCAACUCCGACAGCUAAAGGUGGUUUGGGUUGGAGAGGGUUUUUUUGUUGUUUUUUUCAGGUUUCGUGGGUUAAAAGGUUUUUUUUUCUCUCUCUAUUUUUGAUUUGAUUCGAUUUUUGUGUUCUAUUGGCAAAUGAGCAUCGCAGCGUGUUUCCAGUGUCCGUACGACAGUUGAGACAUCGCCCGUGUUUCCGUGAUCGAUGUAUUUAUCCAUUUAAAGGUGAGUCAGUCAAGUGGAGGUUCCAGGAAAAAGAACAAAUAUAACUUUCCACCGAUGUUAUCCGUGCCCCGGGGAUUGAGCUUAAGCCGCCCGGUUCAUAGUGCGGUGCAUUGAUGACUGCAAUUCUGAUGUAACUAAUCAUAGCGCAUAUUUUUAACUGUUUUAAAGCACAGCAAAAUAACGCAGGAGACAGAGAAGUGAGUGCAGCCUGCUCUUCCGAUGACAUUCCAUGUGACAUGCUAGAGAUUGCAAAACAAGAGAAAUAUGAACACGUGUUAAGUAAAGGAUACACAUUAACUUUUACAUUCAUCAACCAAUAAAGCACACGUUUGUUAUUCAAUCUCCGCACACCUUUCAAUGCAGACUUUGUUUAGUUCUUCUCCGCUGCAAAACCCCAUGUGACCUCUUGUACAGCCGUACCCAGUGAUGCCACGUGUGCACAGCAGGGCUUAAUAUCAGCCGAGUCUCUCCGGCUUAGGUUUUGGAGUUUCACGUUUAUUUUUGCUUAACCGUGUGACGGCUCUCGGAGACCAGCAUAUUGUCUCAUUAUGGAAGAGCGACCCGAGUCACCCGAAUGAUAAAAGCAAAAACAAUUUACUGGAAAGGAAAGAACAGCAAAGAAGCAAAUAGAAAUGAAACCCAAAAAACGACUGAGCUCCGUGAGAAAUCAAAACACCGGAUCGCACAAACAGGAAUCGUGAUUAAGUAAUAACCUGCAGCGUAAGUCGCACCUCCCAUUAGCAUGUUUUGCAACAUGCGGUGCAAAAUGGGUUCAACAUACAUGCACACGGCACGGGCGGAUUAUUUUUUAACUAAGCAUAGCACAACAUUUUUUCGGCUCGGCAACCUGGAAAAUGUUUACGCUCCAUGUGCACCCACAUCCAUGAACCAAAGUUGAGAACUUCCACGGUUACGCGGGCGUGAAGCGUCGUUUCACGUCGGCUUGCGCAGGACACGCAGGGCCCCCAGGGCACCUCUGGACGGGACUUUCCCGUCGGUAGUCAGCCUCGGCAUCCGGUCGGUCGUCGAAUGAUGUUUGUCUGCAACCUGCGUCGGGGAUGGGAUCUAACGAGACACAUUCCUUGCGUUGACUCAUUUUGCUCUUUGAAGGUUCUGUUUGUUUAGUUUAACACGUCGUGGGCUUUCACGACCAAUAUCAUCCAUGAUAGAGGGUUUUUUUUGGUGUGCUGUACUAGUGACGAAUUGGCACGUUCUGUUUACGUGACAACCCUUACUAGUUGGAUGUUGGCUGUGUCGGGUGGUGGCGGGUUUUAACGACACAUUUAUAUAUUUACGUGAUCUAACCCAAAAAAAACUCUAUCGUGGUUUGUUUUGUUUAGAAAUUCCAACCACCCCCCACCCCCGCUGGGCAUCGGGCGAUGUAUUAAGCACAACUUCGCACACCGUGAGUCGCACAAUUUUUGCCCACCCCGUAUAUAUCUGCGUGCGUUCAGAAUACCAACACACCGCACGGUUGAAUAACACACGCACAAAACAUACGGAAAUAAACGCGUGUUUAGUUGAGACUCUCCAAUCAUUUUUGGACGAUUAGUUCCAUGUUUCAUGGCAAAAAAUGUUGACGUAUCCUCGGUUUCAUGCCGAUUUAACCGUAACCCUGCACCCAUCGCUGACCUUCAAAUGGGGCCAAUUCCUUACAAAUGCUGAGGUCGAAUCUUCUGCUUGUCACAGCCAGAAUGCUAUACGAGUGGAUGCUAUGUAUUUGUUUUAAAGCUUGUAAAAUACAGCACUGUAUUUUAAAAAGCACUUGUAGCUAUUGAUUUGUUUCGUUCGAUGAGGCCUGACACCUAAAUAUGUUGUUUCCGUGUUUACAAUACCAACAGUCGGUCAAGUAGCAGUUCAAACCGCCUGUAGUACUUGUGACGAGACCAAAUCCCGUAUUAAUGGUUAUUCAAAACCCACACCUUUGGGAGCCUGUAUCAAGAUGUUACUCAGGACUGGACUCACGUGCACGCAGCACGAAUGAGUUUCGGAACACGACCCUGGCUUUAUUCCGGAAUCCCGCAAGAGCUGGAGAUCGAACCACGUAGACUUUAGAAUCUGACUUAGAAACUGACUGCGGUCCAAAUACCUUCCUACAGUAUUUGGGGUAUGGAUCAAGCAUAAAUCUGCCUCGACAUAUUUGUUGUUAUUUUUUUUCUUGUGAAUGAAACCGAGGUUCCGUGAAAGUGGGAUUCGGGUGAGGGGGAAGUCAUAAGAGGAAGCAGCACAAUUUGUCACGAUGCAAUGCUUGCGCACACAUCGAUCCACCCAUACCGAUAUCGCUUGGCGUGUCUCCAGGCCCCAGGUUUUUUUUUUAUCAGCCAAGAAAAUCCGCACAGCCUCCCCAGCGAAGGGGUCUAGAAACAGCCCAACUGCACCCACACUGGUGCCAUUAAGCCUUGCCUCCACUUUCCCAUAAUACUCUCUCAAUGAAUUUAGACUUAACACUUUCGUGACUGCAGGAAUUUAUAUUCUUGGUUCUUUCGGUAAAGUCACGUCGAUAGAAACGCAAGCGGUCAUCAUCAGGUGACGACGCCCGAUUGUGUUGCGAUCGAAACGUCGUGGGUUUUUUGCUUUGAAUUUAGAUUUUAGUUGUUUAUCUACGUGACUUUACCGAAAGCACCAAGACUAUAUACUCUCUCAAUGAGCCCAUCACGGCCUUGUGUCACCCGCAAUUUCAAAACCCGAGGUGACCUUACUGCAUGAGCUGGAGCCAUGGGACCCGCCACUGGCGUAUAUGAACGUUUUUUUUUUAUUUGUUAUAAUUUAUUACCGUGUCAUGCGUUUACACUAUUCCGUUACGAGCAGUUUGCAAUGAAGCCACUCCGUCUUGGGGAUUUUCUCAAACUCAACGCUUAACUGGACCCAACAAAAACCGUGCCACGAGAUUCGCGCGAUCGCCUGCGUUCGGCGCGAACGAGGUGCGAGAAGCGUGGAGCGUGUCGUUGAGUUUGAGAGUUCUCCUUUCGUUGCGCACGUGCGGGGUCUUCUCCGGACACUCGCCUCCCCCCCCCCCCCCCCCCCCGGUGACUUUUGACGUUCCGCGCGCGUCUUGGCGUGCACGGCGUCUCAUGCGUCGCGGCGAGGCGCUGGCGGUGGCGCGUCACAAAAUGCUCACGGUUAUGAGAGUGCACAAUCGACAGUUGUACAUAAAGGGGAGACGUUUAUUUAGAUUGAAGAAGACAAAAAAAUAUAUAACGACGGUUGUGUUCAAAUGCGAAGACAAUUGUUCGUCAUCGGUCGGAACUUCGCUUUAAAGAGCAUCAAGUGCAAUGUACGUGUCGCUCUAGAACAGUGGUUCUUAACCUGGGGGUGCGAGAUGCUCUUUCUGGCGGAGCGAGACGUGGCCAGGUUUCUUUAGAAGGCAAAUCAUCGAAACGCGAAUUGAGCACGGGCACGUGAGCACAACUACGUUGUUUCAUCAAAACCCGAUGUACUUAUAGACGUGAUACAUGUUUUAGCGAUGGAGAAUCAAAGGGGGUGCAAGGGUGCAGUAAAAGGUGCACAAGAGCCGCUGUUCUAGACGCGUUUCCAAGCACACAUUUAAAGUGUUCUCUUCCGUUGCGCGUUUUAAGUUGCUCGGAGAGCGCCUCUUCCGCCGAAGGUGUCGACAAGCCUCCCUCGUGCUGGACGCGGAGCGAAACGUCGGGACAGCGCGUCGAAACAACGCGGCCGCGUGCACGACGGAGAGCCGCGCUGGACUUCUUGAGCAAGCCCGCCUAAAUUUGAUGCCGGUGAAGAAAGUGUCGCUGUGCGCUAUGGCAAAGAGCAGCCGAGAUCACGCGUGUUUGGCCAGCCGGCGGAUGGCAUCGCUCCUUUUGGGGACGGAUCCGUCGAUGUAAAAAUUGUGGAGAGACGCGACUUGUACACAAAUAGCCGCCACUCGGUGUCACAUUAUGUAUGGGUAGCUGGUGCGCCGCGUAACGAGCCUACUGCUGCGCACACACUGUAUAAAACCGGCUUAAAAUAACCGCUUUACUUUCUUGUCAGUAGAUUCCCGUCGACUAGAUGAUUCCGUGAUUCUGGUUUUUUGUCAGCAAGUGUUACAUCGAAGCCGAGUCCACCGGUGGUAGUGAAAUAUAACGUAGGGUGUCAGUGCGUGUACAUUUCUCUGCAGAGAGAUGGAAUUGAUAUCGCAGAUGACGACCCAGCCAGCACGCAGAGCGCGACUUGGGACACGGAACGGUGGAUCAUGCCGAGGUCGUGUGUGGGGUAACCGCCUGCAGAGUAACGUCGCUGAUCUGUUUUGAACACCGCUGACCUGUCUGUAAAUUGCCCUCCUCCCCGCUACAAAUAUAAUGUUUCUCCCUUGUAGCCUCUCACGAUGUACACCACAAUGCUCUUGUUCUCCACCAAUUCUCCUUGCAGCAAUUCCUGCAUCUCUCAGCCUACACAGGGUUUUUGCCUAUUUAUUCACGCCUAUAUAUUCGUUGCGACCCCUUUUUCAACAUUUUCGAUGUCAUGUAAAAAAAAAAAUACUGUUUUUACGUCUCUCGUGUCACUGUGUCCACAAUAACGCGUCCUGGUAGCUGUCUCACACCAGUGUUGUCAUUUACGGAGGUUUUAAAUCCCAGAUGAGUGUUUCAAAAUCAGAGCUUGUAAUUCUCUAUCAUUCGACGCGACGAAUAAGUUUUACCUGCAAGAUAUCGGUGGAUUUUAGGAUUGCGUUAAGGAAAUGUUAACGUUUUUACGUGUUACAAUUGUCUGGAGGUAUUUUAACAAAACUGGAUUUUUAAAACCCGUUUUGGGAUUAUGAGCAUUUAAAAUUCUCCCCCCCCACCCCCACAAUGCGGGCAAAGUUAAAUGAAUCCAUCUGCUUCGUGGUCACCUUUAUUAAAAAAAAAAAACUACUCUAAUAAAUAGGACUCAGAAGUCUAUUGUUUUUUUCCCCAAACAUCUGGUGGAGGCUAUUCCAUCUCAAUUUGUGAGAUCGUUUCCGUUUAUUGUUCUCUGGAGGUUUCAUUUUCCCCGAUCUAGCAACACUGCUGGCUCGAAAUGAUAUGACCUUGACCUUGCAGUGUGUAUGUGUGUGUAUGUGUUUGCUGUAUGUGUACACGUGUGUGGAGAGGUAGUGUAGCGGUUAGCUGCGCUGCACUACGAACUCGGCGACCCGAGUUCGAUUUCCGCUCACGGCCAACACCAGUGACGAUUAUCCGAACCUGUCCCGGACCUCCCCUAGGUCGACUCAGCCUCAAAUGAGUGCCUGGUGCGUUGUGGAAACAUCGCCACUGGGGAGACAAAGGCGGUCGGUCGGGCGUGGUGUUGGCCACCCAUCCCCUCGGGUGCCGUGCCGGCCUUAAUAGGUGCUACUCGUUGACAGCACUUGCCCCAACAGUCUGUUAAGGCUAUAUGGGGGGGGGGGGGGGGGGGGGGGUCCUUGUCCAUAAAAAGUCUGCGUCCGAGUGUUUGAGCGUGCGUUUCCGGCGCACUUGUGUGCGGUUUUUUUUUUGCCCGGACAAUGCCAUAGCCAAUUGCAAGUGCAUCCAUACGCGCGUUGUGCACAUUCGUAGCGUGUGUUGCAAGUGGAGUUUAGUUGAGCAGAUUGUUAUCAUGACCUAUCCUCAAACGGACACACACUUAGAUACAGGUGUGUCCGUCAAAGUUCUCUCCGGAUUUUGUCCCACUCGGUGAGAUCGCGCUUGCCAGGAAUCGGCGCUGGCAACUUGCGCGAGACAUUCGUUGUCGUUGAAUGGCGUCGCGUCCUUGCUCGGAUGAUUUUGUGGACACCUCUGACCUUGACGAGUCGUUGGAGACCAACAACAACAACCACAACAACAACAACAAACACAACCCUAUAAUUUCCCACGCGCUAGCUGUGUUGUUGGGUGACCCCGUGCGUCAUCGUGUCGCCGUGUCUCCAAGGUCACUGAACCCCCCAAAAACCUCCCCCAUGCCCCCCCACUGCUGCCCCCACCGCUUCGCUCGUGGUGACACCGAUUUGGGGGAGGCCGCGAAAUCUACGAUUUAAAAUUGUUCACUCCCCCCACCCCCUCCUCCUCUCCGUUGUCGUGUUGUACAUUUGUCGGUGGCUGUCACGUAACCCCACGUAGUCACGAGCUCUCGUUGUCGUCGCUAUUUGAGAACCUUAACGAAGUGUCAAAUAAACAACAACAACAACAAAACGCACAAUG